AUGGGUUCCAGGUCACGUACCAUCAUUUUGGGUGAAGACCCAAUGGAGAAUAUAGGACUUUUGACUCAACUUCUACAACAGCUUUCUAGAGAAGCAACGCAAGACAAUAAUGGUUCACGUAAUCCUAAUUUGUCCAUAGACACCAGUAUUCCCCUUGGGCAGGGGAGUAAUAGUGGACAAACACAACCCGAGGUUAUAAAAUUAAUUGUAACUCCUAUUGUUUCGAAGCUGGCAUACUUCCAUUUCACAGAUACAGACUCUGGCGAACAUCUCUACUGCUGGAUGGGGCAGGGGGAAAAUGUGCUCAGCUUCUUCAGAAUGUUAGUCAAGUCAUUGCUAUCAUUGUUCUCACCAGAGGCUGUACGACAGUUUCUAAAGCUCUUGAAGCUUUCUGAUUUUAUUGAAUACCUUGUGAACAGUGUGAUUUCAGCAGAGGCUGAUACAACAUGUAAACUACUAGGAAAGUUUAAUCUUCCUAGCCUGUACAUGAGUGGUGAUAUUGUUAUUGGAGGACUUUUUAACAUUCAUACAAUACCAGUUGUUCAAGAUGUAACAUACAAAAGGGAACCAGAAAUAACAUUUUGUGAAGGUUUUAAUUUCAGAUCUUUGCGAUGGGCAAGAACCUUGGCAUUUGCAGUAGAUGAGAUUAAUAAUAAUGCAGUUUUCCUUUCAAAUAUAUCACUUGGUUACCGAAUACAUGAUUCAUGUGGAAAACAUCCUAUGUCUCUCAGAGCAACCUUUGUGCUUGUAAAUGGCCAGAAGGAGGUGGUACCAAAAUACAACUGUCAUGGUUUUGGUGAUGUCUCUGUCUUAGUUGGUGAUCCAUCCUCAUCUCAGAGCAUGAUAAUAUCAAGAACACUGGGACCAUAUCAUGUACCACUGGUUAGUUACUUUUCUACAUGUUCCUGCCUCAGUAGCAAGAGUCAGUUUCCUGCUUUUCUUCGUACAAUACCCAGUGAUCAAUUUCAGGCAAGAGCGAUGGCUCACCUUGUGAAGCAUUUUCAGUGGACCUGGGUAGGAAUUCUAGCCAGUGAUGAUGAUUAUGGUAUCAACGGCAUCCAGAAAUUCACAGAAGAAAUCAAUGCAAACGAAUUCUGCAUUUCAUUUUUUGAGAAAAUUCCCAAAAUAUAUUCAGAAAAGAAAACUCUUCAAAUUGUGGAUACACUAAAGCAAUUUGUUUCAGCUAAAGUCAUAGUUGCUUUUGCAGGUGAACAAGAUAUUUAUACCAUUCUGCAAGAACUUCAGAAGCAGAACAUUACAGAUCGGCAGUUUAUUGCAAGUGAAGCUUGGUCUACAUCUACAAUAACAUCUACUAGGGAUCUGUAUUAUGUUACUGCCGGUACACUAGGCUUUGCAAUUAGUAAAGCACUUCUUCCAGGACUGCAGGCGUUUCUUUAUGACACUCGGCCUUCUCAGUUCCCUGGCAAUGCCUUUGUGAAAGAAUUCUGGGAACUAAGUUUUGGCUGCAAAUUUCUACUGGGUAAUUUCUCAGUAUCUGCCAGUAGUCAGAUUUGCACUGGAUCAGAGGAUUUUAUGCACAUAAAAAAUGCAUUUCCUGAUGUGAGCCAGCUGAGAGUUUCUUAUAACGUCUACAAAGCAGCAUAUGCCAUAGCACAUGCUCUUCAUAACCUGCAGUUAUGUGACAUCAGGAAUGGCCCAUUUAAGAACAGGUCCUGUGCUGACAUGCUUAACUUGCACCCUUAUCAGCUUUUUCAUUAUUUGAAAGAAGUAAGAUUUACCAGCACCAAUGGAGAUUAUUUUGACUUUGAUGAAAAUGGGGAUCCUAUACCAGAGUAUGAUAUAGUCAACUGGCAGAUUAAUGAACAUGGAUCAGUUGAAUAUGUAAGUGUUGGAUACGUUAAAGACACUGAGAUACGUAUUGAAGAAAGAGCCAUUGUCUGGAAAAACAGUAAAAACAAAGCACCGAUGUCCAUGUGCAGUGAAAGCUGUCUGCCUGGUACUCGUAAACGUGAAAGGAAAGGAGAACCUGUCUGCUGUUUUGACUGUGUUUCAUGCUCAGAAGGAGAAAUCAGUAAUCAAACAGAUGCCAUCAAAUGUCUGAAGUGUGCAGAAAAUUUCUGGCCUAAUGACAAUAGAAAUGUGUGUAUAUCUAAAAUAAUCGAAUUUCUUUCAUUUGAAGACACACUGGGAGUCAUUUUAACAUCAGCAGCAUUAUCUGGAACUUGUAUGACAUUUGCUGUUUGGACACUUCUUGUUUACUACAGGCAUACACCCAUUGUACGUGCUAACAAUUCUGAAAUCAGUUUUCUUUUGCUGUUUGCCCUAUUUUUGUGUUUCUUGUGUGCACUGGUCUUCAUUGGGAGGCCUACUCACUGGUCAUGCAUGUUGCGUCACACAGCAUUUGGAAUUAGUUUUGCUCUUUGUAUUUCCUGCAUUCUUGCCAAGACACUAGUUGUGAUAAUUGCAUUUAAGGCUACUCUUCCUGGGAACAGCAUUAUGAAGUGGUUUGGUGCAGCACAGCAAAGAGGAACCAUCUUCAGCUCUACAGCCAUUCAGACUGUUAUCUGUGUUGUAUGGCUGAUCAUGUCACCCCCUCUGCCAACUAAAAAUCCCCGACAACAAAGUAUGAAAAUAAUUUUUGAAUGUGAUAUUGGAUCUGUGACAGCAUUCAGUUUUGUGCUGGGAUAUAUUGGACUUUUGGCAAGCAUAUGCUUUGUACUGGCCUUCUUGGCACGCAGAUUGCCAGAUAAUUUCAAUGAAGCCAAAUUUAUAACAUUUAGUAUGUUAAUAUUCUGUGCAGUAUGGAUAACAUUUAUUCCAGCAUAUAUCAGUUCCCCAGGUAAAUACACAGUUGGUGUAGAAAUAUUUGCUAUUUUGGUCUCUAGCUUUAGUAUUCUUGGAUGUAUAUUUGCUCCAAAAUGUUACAUCAUUCUACUUAAGCCUCAGCAAAACACCAAAAAAGCGAUGAUGGGAAAGCAAUGA